ACAACAUCGUCUUGUCUCCCUCUGAAAUCGAAGUCGCCCACUCCCUCUACCUCUAAAAUCGACCGGACGCGCACGGUUUUGUAUUUCUCUUUCUAUCCGAUUGGCAACUAAAUUGUGGAAAUUGCUGAGAAAUUUGGAAGUUAUAAAUUGCUGGAGAUCUGGAGUGGAGAGUUGAGGCUUCUCAAAAGGUGUAUAGAAGUAUAGUGGAUGUUGGUGGGAUUGAUUGACUGAUUGAGCAAGAUGAUGAUGUUGAGGAGGUGUAGCUCAAGGAUCAACAGCAGCCAUAAGUCUAAGUCUCCAAAGACAAGGAAAAGAAGAUCAUGGAAGGCGGCCAUGGUUUUCCCCAAACUGGACAGUAUGCCCUUGAGAAGGUGUAGUUCCAGGGGCAUGGGACAGAGAAGGAAGAGUGGUAGGUGUGAAAACACUGACAUGAAUGAUGCUGAUGCUGAUUCUUCGGAGUCAUGUUUUGCGGAUGCGCACAAAUUCUUUCCUUCCCCUCCCACUACAUUAAAGUGCCUCUACGAGGAGAAGUAAAUGAGGAGGAUGUGGAGGAUGAGGAGGAUGAGGAGGGUUUUUACAAGGAGAAAGAGUUCAGCACCCACACUAUUCCUGAUGUAUCAGUUAUAGAGGUUAGCAAGGGUAAGCAUCUGGAUGUUAUAGAUGUGCUGUCUGACUCUGGCCGGAGGCCUUACCUGGUUAAUAAAUUUGGGGAUCGCGUUCCCGUUGAUUCUCUCAGAGGCAAAUAUGUCGUUAUCUGUUGCGCCUCCGUGCCUCUGCGUGCUAAUUACUCUUGUGAGGGUGCUGCCGUAUGCCGGACCAUCAUGGCUGCACGCUCCUGCGGGACUCGUCAUCCUAAUUUUGAGAUCGUCGUUGCUGCCAAGAUGCUUCGUGAUUGGGACAGGGAGGAUGUUUUCAACCACUUCUUCUCUGGUUUCCUGGAUGAUACCCUCGCCAUCCCCUUUUGGGAUGUUGCCUCCCGACACCGUUUAUGCGAUUCUGUCCGCUUGGAAUCGGAUACUGCUGUGCCUCUUGUUGUAGACCCCCAAGGCUUGGUUUUACAGUCAGUAAUGGAUGCUAGUUGGAAGUUUGAUGAAUAUGGCUCCGAGUUUUUCCCCUUCACUGAUGAACAUUUGGGUGAGCUUGAUAAAGCCGACCUAGAACUGAGGGUAAAGUGGGAUAAAAUUUACAGGGAACAUAAGAAGGAUGAUUUGAGAAGAGAACUUGGUGAUAACUUUGAGCAUCUAUGCAGCACCGGUCGUCCCUCUCUCGACUCUCUACUGGGCUGCACCACUCUCACGAAGCUUGAUGAUACAGGAGUGGGUAUGUUUGUGACAGAGUUGAGCCGGAAAGUUGUGGGAAUAUACCUCUGCAAGGAUGGGUCGUCGAUGGACACUUUCCACCAGUUCCAGCAACGGUGUUUGUCUCACGGUGGCGGUGAUUUUGAGAUGGUGCUGGUCUGCCUUGCCUUUGAAGAGGAACACAGCUCAUUCCUGGAACAUAUUAAGCUGCAUUGAAGAAGCGUGGCAUCAGCUCCUGGUGGCUAUGCCCCUCUGACGACAAGACANGGCUAUGUUCAAGUCACACACAAUAGAGUCACUGUUGGCAAAGGACUUCACGUAUCUUGGCAAAGCUCGUAAGAUGGCAUGGCUGAAGCUGCCUUCUCCAUCUGGUUAUGUGAAUGGUCAGGUAUUGGCGUACAUGGAUGAGUCUGAGGAGGUUGGUUCCCUCAUAGCAUUUGGGGAAGAUGGUCGAAUGGUCUCCAGAAAUGUUAGGGACAAACUCGAGGAUGAAGAUAUUUCUUCAGUCUUCAAUGAUACCCUUCGCCAAGAGAUACUUGCUGUUCUGGCUGAUUUGGAAACUAAUUAUAUGGUGUACUGAUAGUACUUAUAAUUACUCGCUUGUUUUAGUCUUUAUUUAUUCAAUUACGGAAUAUUUGAGUGCUUUGUGUUAUUAUUUUUGUCUUUAUUUAAUUGCUGAUCAUUAGGAGUGUUAUUAUUGUUCGGACAUUGUCAUUGUAAUCU